AUGGACCUUCUUUCAUGGCUGCUUCUUGCCCUUUUCUCCAUUUCUACUGCUGUCCUUUCUUCUUCAAAUCAAUCACAAGACGAUGCAUUAUGCCUUCUGAAUUUCAAAGAUUCAAUAUUUCACGAUCCCAACAAUCUCCUUCUCACCUGGAACGCCUUAACACAUCCCUGCUCUGCCGCCGCCGUCGUCCGCUGGUAUGGGGUUUCAUGUGAUCCGCUUUCUGCCACCGUCGUCUCCCUCAACCUCACUGGAGGAGGUCUUCUCGGUGUGCUGCCACCUUCUAUUGGCAAUCUGACUAACCUUCGAGUUUUAUCACUCAAUCGUAUCUCGUUCUCCGGCCAUAUUCCGCCGGAGCUCGGAAAACUCAAGUCUUUGCACACUUUGGAACUUCAAGGGUGUAAUUUCUCCGGGAGCAUUCCCGAUCAGAUAAGAUUUCUUUCGUCACUUCGCCUGCUUAAUUUGUCGUAUAAUUCGCUUUCGGGUUCUAUACCCAAUGGUUUGAUUGGUUCAGGGAGGUUAAGUGUGAUUGAUUUAUCGAAUAAUCAGCUCUCUGGGGGUCUUACUGUUAGUGAUCAUUGCGAGUUUUUGCAAUGUUUGAAGCUGUCUAACAAUUUCUUGGUGAAUGAAAUUCCUCCUGAGAUAGGAAAAUGCUCCAAUCUGAGGACUCUCUUGCUCGACGGAAACAUUUUUCAGGGUAGAAUUCCGAUACAGAUAGGCCAGAUUUCUCAACUUAGGGUGCUGGAUGUUUCUAGGAAUAGUCUCACAGAUACAAUUCCGCCUGAGCUUGCCAAUUCCCUCAAGCUCUCUGUUGUGGUGCUCACCAAUUUGGUUGAUUUAGGCUCUUCAUUUUAUGUCGGUGCUAACGGAAGUGCAGGGUCUGUGCUGGACUUUUCGAGAGGGGAAUUCAAUGCCUUUGAUGGAGGCAUCCCUCACGAGCUCUUGUUGCUUCCUAAUCUUCAGAUACUGUGGGCACCAAGGGCGAAUCUUGGGGGACAAUUGCCCAGUAACUGGAGUAAUCUCCAUUCAUGCUCUUUGAGAGCCCUUAAUUUGGGGUUGAAUAAUAUUACUGGUUCUGUACCAGAGAGUUUGGGUGUCAUGUGUAGAAAUCUGACAGUCUUGGAUUUGAGUUCAAAUGGACUGCAAGGAUACCUUCCAAGGCAGCUGCGAGUACCUUGUAUGCUGUACUUCAACAUCAGCCGGAAUUCGUUAUCUGGUGCUCUUCCCCAAUUCGAGAAUAGGGGUGGCUGUGAUUUUCACAUGGCAUACUAUGGUCGAGAUGAAACUAGUGUCUUAGAUGAGGUGGACAUUCAAGAAGUUUACUUCAAUAUACCGGUGUGCGGCUAUCAGAUGAAUGUGGUUGCAGCAGUAGACUUUGAUAGUACUCUUGUUGUUGCACAUGAUUUCAGUCGGAAUGCUUUUGCUGGUCCAUUGCCGCUCUUCUCAGUUGGAGAUGAUUUUUUGCUCACUCGUGGUAGAGCUAGUUAUAAGUUGUUUCUCAACAAUAACAAUUUUAAUGGAACUUUUCCUAUUGAUCUCAUUACAAACUGUAAUGAUCUCCAUAGCCUUUUCCUUACGGUUAGUGCAAACCAGAUAAAUGGAGUUUUAGAUGCCAAAUUCUCUGGGUGCUUGAGAAUAAUUGACUUUGAAGCAGCAGAAAAUCAGAUUGAGGGAUCCAUUCCCCCAGAGAUUGGGAACUUGGAAUUGCUCCAAUGUCUAGACUUGAGCAGCAACAGGUUAUCUGGUUCCCUGCCCAAUCAAUUAGGGGAACUGAAAAAUGCCAAACAGAUUCUUCUUGGAGAUAACAACUUGACAGGAAAAAUUCCUGCUAAAUUUGGCCAUUUAGCUUCCCUUGAAACUUUGAAUCUAUCUUAUAAUGGGCUAACUAAUUCCAUCCCUGAAAGUCUGGCCAAUGCCACGAGUCUUGAAAUGUUGUUGCUGGAUCACAACAAUAUAUCGGGAGGGAUCCCUUUUUCCCUUUCAACCCUUUCCCGACUUAUUCAACUUAAUCUAUCUUUCAAUAACCUUUCUGGUCACAUACCUCAUUUUCCACGCAUUACAGAUUGCACUUCCUUCAGGGGAAAUAGAUUUCUCCAUUCAUGCCCCGAUCAAGAUUCAGCACCACCUGCUGGGAUUCCUAUCCCUUCUGAAGUCCAAAAACCACAACGGGGCCAGAGAAAAGUGAAAUCUUUUGUCAUAGCAAUAUGCACGUCUGUGCCUAUUGUGCUCUGUGCUCUAGUGGUGACAGCUUUUUUCCUCAUUGGAAGGAAAAGGCUAAGAAGAGUAGCUAGCCUGCAUAGGAAUGUUGUAACAGCUUUUGCAGAUGCAACCCUGGAGUUGAAUUACGAUAAUGUAGUUAGGGCAACUGGAAAUUUUGGCACUGCCAACUUGAUUGGAACUGGUGGCUUUGGAUCAACGUACAAGGCAGAGUUAGUCCCAGGCUUCCUUGUAGCAGUGAAGAAGCUUUCAAUUGGUAGAUUUCAAGGCACCCAGCAAUUUGAUGCAGAGAUAAGAACACUCGGAAGAAUCCGACACAAGAACCUGGUCACUCUUUUUGGAUAUUAUGUUGGAGAAGAUGAAAUGUUUCUAGUCUACAACUUUCUUUCUGGUGGGAAUCUUGAACACUUCAUACAUCAAAAAUCAGGCAUGGAUAAGCAUUGGCCAACCAUUUACAAGAUAGCCAUGGACAUUGCCCAGGCUCUUACUUUCCUUCACUAUUCGUGUGUUCCACGCAAGAAGUCACUCGAUCCAUCCUUCUCCGAAUAUGGGAAUGGAUUCACAGUUGUUGCAUGGGCCAAGUUGCUGAUCAAGGAUGGACGCUAUUCUGAGUUCUUUUCUCCCGAUUUAUGGGAAUCGGGAUCCCAGGAGAAUUUGGUGGCCAUGUUAAGGCUAGCAUCAAGUUGCACUGGGGAAACCCUUUCUGUUAGGCCAUCAAUGAAGCAGGUUCUUGAGAAGUUGAAGCAAUUACACUCUUGA